AUGUCGUCCUCUCCGGAAAAUAAGAAGAAGAAGAAGAAGCUGGAGCAACAGAACCCAACUCCAACACUUCCCGAUGAAAUACUCACAAGCUGCAUCGCAAAACUCUCAAGCUUAUACUACCCGACUCUCUCCCUCGUCUCCAAGAGCUUUCGAUCUCUUCUCGCCUCACCGGAGCUAUACAAAGCCCGAUCACUCUCCGGACACACCGAGAGCUGUCUCUACCUUUGCCUAGAGUCAUCUUCAGACUCUGGAUGGUUCACCCCCUGCCGAAAACCUGAUAAAAACAAAGAUGACGUCAGCAAGAACAAGAACAAGAAGAGUUAUGUUUUGUCCAAAGUCAAAACUCUCAGUUCUCCUCCCGCCGUGUUUUCGGGUCUUGUCUCCGUGGGUUCAGACAUCUACAACAUCGGAUCCUCCUCUGACGUCUCGGUUCUGGACUGUCGGUCUCACACGUGGCGCGAAGCUCCGAGCGUGCCUGUGGAGCUCAUGACGCUCUCUGCUUGCGUCGUUGGUGAGAAGGUAUACGUGUCAGGGGUCCAUGGCGAGUCGUUGAGGAACUCAUGCGCGGUGUUGGACACGAGAACGCAAACGUGGGAACAUGUCUCUUGCGGCCUGACGAGACGCGGCGGUUUGAAAAUGAGAAAUCGACGGGAAGCCACACGUGGCGAAUGCGGAAGGUGUGGUUUGUUAUGA